GUAUGCAUAUAAAUAGCUAACAAGCUGAUGCUUUUUGUCAUUUCAACAGUACCACAUCAAACAUUCUCUAGCACAAAUUCAUAUAUAAGGUUUUGGUUCAUAUCUCAGAGUUAUUAAUUAAUCAUGAUAAGCUUAGAAGAUAUAUCCAAGGUUAUAGUAGCAACAGUUCCACUCUAUGUAGCACUAAUUUUAGGCUAUGGCUCAGUCAAAUGGUGGCGCCUCUUUAAAGCUGAUCAAUGUGAUGCCAUAAAUAGGCUUGUUUGUUACUUUACUCUCCCUCUUUUCAACUUAGAUUUCACGGCUCAUAGUAACCCUUUUGAAUGGAAUUACAAGUUCCUAGCCGCGGAUGCCAUGUCUAAGGUCAUUAUAGUCGCGGUCUUAGCCCUUUGGGUUACAUGUAGCAGCAAGGGAAGCUAUUGUUGGUCGAUAACUAGUUUUUCGUUGUCAACCUUAACAAAUUCACUCGUCGUUGGGGUGCCCUUACUAGGGGCCAUGUAUGGUCCUAUGGGUGUAGACCUAGUUGUUCAAUUUUCGGUUACUCAAGCUAUUAUUUGGCUUACGGUACUCUUAUUUGUUCUUGAAUUUCGUCAAUCUAGGAUAGAUUUACCUAGUACUAUAAAUUGUGUUAGUACUAGUGUAGAGAUUAAGGAUCCUUCUCAAGUUCAUUCUUUUGGGGUUGAUCAGAAUAAAGAUAUGGAAGGAAAAAUUAUUAGUACUAAUGAUGGUUUAGGGGAUGUUGUUAGGCCAUCAUUAUGGUCUUUAAUCAAGGGGGUUGGGGUGAAAAUUCUUGCUAAUCCCAACUCUUAUUCUUGCAUUAUAGGUAUUGCUUGGGCGUUUUUUGCUAGCAGGUUUCAUUUGCAAUUGCCAAGCAUAGUUGAUGGAUCUAUACUCAUUAUGUCAAAAGCUGGGACUGGAACUGCUAUGUUUAGUAUGGGCAUGUUCAUGGCAUCGCAAGAGAAGCUAAUCUCAUGUGGACCAAAGUUGACCAUAUUCGCGAUGAUUUUGAAGUUUAUAGCUGGCCCUGCCGCUAUGGCUAUAUCUUCGCUUGUUCUUGGUUUGCAUGGUGAUGUUCUACGUGUAGCUAUCAUCCAGGCAGCAUUGCCCCAAUCUAUCACCUCCUUCAUAUAUGCGAAAGAAUAUGGACUGCACGCAGAUGUUCUAAGUACUGCGGUAAUAUUUGGCAUGAUGGCUUCACUUCCAAUUUUGAUUGCAUAUUAUGCAAUUUUAGAGACAUUUCACUCAUUAUGAGUAAUGAAGUUCUUUUAGUUUGUACCAAAAAUGAAUAUCCUUAGUCAGCGGAUCCACAUUUUGAGUAAAUAAUGUCAGAAGUAUUUUUUUUUUUAUAUUAUAUACUUCAAAGUACCAAAUCAAAUUAUAAAAGAGAAAAGAAAAAAAAGUAAACACACAUCAAAUAUUAUAAGUUUUCUGUAAUUUGCUGGAUUUCAUUCCACAUGUUGUACAAGAAUGCUGUUACAAUGAUCACAUCUUUUUUGUUCUCUUUUUGUGAAUUUUGGAAAUUGUACUCAUUGUGAUCUUAAUAUAAUACUUCUUUCAAAUAUAGUGGUGUAGUACUAGUAA